AUGUUAUCAUUCGGAGGUGGAGGUUUAGUGAAUUCAAUAAUUAAUAAAUUACCUUUCGAGUUACAUUUGCCUGGAUAUCAUUAUUGUGGCCCUGGAACAAGACUUUCAGAACGUCUUGCUAGAAACGAUCCGGGUAUAAAUAAACUUGAUGAAGCUUGUAAGGAACACGAUAUAGCUUAUUCCAAACAUACGGAAUUGUCUGAUAGACAUAUUGCUGAUAAAAUAUUAGAAGACAAAGCUUGGGAACGAGUGAAGUCCAAAGACGGCACAUUUAAGGAGAAAAGUGCUGCCUUGCUAGUCACCGGAGCAAUGAAAAUGAAACGAAAGAUGGGUAUGGGUCUUCGGAAUAGACAAAAAUCUUUCAGAAGUUUUGUCUUGAAACCAACUCAUAAAAUUUUAAAGAAAUCAGGGGGCGAUGAUUUGAGAAAAUCAACGUUGAUCGCCCUCAAAACAGCUCGAACUGCAAUUAAGAAAGCAGGUGGAAAGAAAAAUAUUAAAAUUCCCCGAAUCAUACCAUUCGAAUCAAAAUCCGGUGGAAUUCUACCACUCAUACCCAUAUUCGCAGGACUGUCAGCAUUAGGAACCAUGUUAGGUGGAGCUAGCGCUGUUGCCAAAACGGUAAUUGAUGCUAAUAAUGCUAAGAAAAAACUGGAAGAAGAUCAGCGACACAACAAAGCGAUGGAGUCCAUAGGACAUGGACUUUUCAUAAGAAAAUCCAAACGUGGAUUUGGUUUAUAUAUUAGAAAACAGUCAAAAAACUAG